CGUAUCAGGUUCUGUUAGAUUGUGACAUACGUAUUUCAGAUACAGUUGUGUUUAUUUCAAAGAAAGAAUCUAUGACUUUUAAUUAUGUACAUGUGCGUGAAAAACAGAGUUUUAUCUGAAAAGUGAAUGAACUUUAUAAUAUUUUGGUGGAAAAGACGAUAAUUUAAUGCAGUGACUAGUAAAAGCAUAAUUUAAUUAUCUUGCCGAUAGAAUACUUCCUGAAAGUAGCCACCAUUCUUUUCAUAUGAUUUUUAAGUGUUUAGUCUUUCAAAAUAAAAUUCGCGGUUGGAUAUCACUCAUCAGCAUUUCACCUUCCUAACUAUUGUUAUUAUUCUUAUAAUUAAUGCAACUUGUAGUAAAGAGUUCUGAGAAUAUAUCAAAUGGGGAAUUCAGUCUUAAGUAUAUUAGUCUCCGACAAAUCGGCACCUAGAUGGGGAGCAAGUAUGCUAGUAUUUGUUAUCUUAAUUCGAGUAGGAAGUGUAGAAGCUAGUCAACCUCGGAUCGUCGGAGGACUACCCGUCAAAUCUUAUAUUCCCUAUCAGAUAUCUCUUCAGGCUAGAUUGGACGACGGUCCAAUAGGUACUUUCGUACAACUGCUAGUUGAGCAUAGUACGUCUGCAUGGACCCACUUUUGCGGAGGAUCCAUUAUAACAGAAACCCAUGUCCUGACGGCAGCUCAUUGUAUGGAUGCCAUCGAUUAUAAUAGAGUCUCAGUUGUAGUUGGGACUUCAACUCGUCUACAAGGGGGCCGACGACACCUGAUUGAAACCUUUGUUAAUCAUGCUGAGUAUAAAAAACUCGAAACUAAUGAUAUUUCAGUUAUAAAGGUGAAGGAGCCUUUUGUUUUGGGACCCAAAGUAAAACUAAUUGAGUUUAGGAGUAUGAAGAGGAUAGGUGGCAACGUGAGGGUUAGAUUGAGUGGAUGGGGAUAUACAGCACCGCUCAUUACUAUUACGCUUCCCAAUGGAUUAAGAACAAUCAACUUGAAGACACUGUCUAACGACGAAUGUAGAAGAGUAGGAUAUAAUGUAACAAACGCAGAAAUAUGUACAUCUUCUGGAUUCAUGAAAGGAGCGUGCAUGGGUGACUCUGGUGGACCACUAGUUAACGCGGCCAGAACACUUGUGAUCGGUGUUGUAUCAUAUGGUUCACGAAUAUGCGGCAUUGGUCUCCCGGAAGUCUAUACACGAGUAUCAGAAUUCGUCUCCUGGAUUGAAGAACAAAUUAACGUAACUUCUUCAUCAACCACAACGUCAAUUCCAACGUCUACUUUGAACUCGGUAACAUCUGUAAAUCCAACUGAAGCAACACCUUCAACAUCAGUUCAAACUUCAGCUACAACAAUGAACGCAGUUUCAUCCAUGACUACCCUCUCUUUGCAAACAACAACAUCUGAAACGACAACAAGUGGAGAAUCAUCUACUACUGUAAAGACAGAUUCAGCUGAAGAAACUACUGUGGCUCAAGAGGCAACUGAGUCUCCUACUCAAGAUACCACAGUCGAUGUCAUACCAGAUACAAACAAAGGGACUGAAAUAGAUGGGGCUGAAGAUGGAGGUGCAACUACGACCACAGAGCAGAAUACAGUCAAAGUAGAUGAAGGCGAAACUACUCAACUGGUUGCUCAAGAUUCGCCACAAAGUGGUGCUAACUCUACAGAAAUAAUUACGGCAACUACUGUUGAGUCAAGUGAAGAAUCUGCUACAACCGUAGCAAGCACAGCUGAGGAAACGACGGCAAUUGAAGAUUGA